UGGCAACCAGGGGGCAAAGGUCGUUUAGAGCCGUUCAGAGAUUCUUCAUCCUUAAAAAUAAGGAACUUUAAGUUAGCUGUAUUAGCAAAAUAUACUCCGAGUAAGUUAAUGAAAUACACAGACCUGCUUCAUGUACUGUAAGGCGGACAUGCAGAGCACAAAGAUGUGUGCCCCCGUGAAACAAAAGAAGAAAACUACCGGGGUCCUUAAUAGCUCAUCUCCUCGAUCAAUAAAUAAUUCAGUAUCAGGAGUUCCAAGCUCCAUCUUGGUUGGUGGCAGAAACAGCAUAGUCAAGCGUCUGGAGAGAGGCCACAAUCGGACUCCCAGAAAGACAGCUCGGAUGUUGGGCAGUGAUGGCAAAGAAAUCACUCCUCUGGCCAUGUUUCAAGCAGAGCUGGGAAUUAUGCCAUCCUCAGCAGGCAGAUUCUUUCUGGGUGAAACCUUUUUCAGCUCAGGAUCAGACCACAUGAAAUCCACCUCGAGCUUUACUGUGCACUCUUCCAGUUCAUUUGUAGGGAGCAGUCUACCAUCCAACCUGUCUGCCAUAGCAUCACUGACCAAUGAGUCUGAGGAUAGUUCUAAGAAACUGGACAUACCAAUCAACCCCCCGGCUCCAUGUGAGGUACUGAAGGAAAGAGACAUCAUUGAACAAACUUUGACGGAAGUGAUGUUGGAUGAGGUGGCAGAAAUCUGCCUCACCGAGACAGAUACCAUUUCACUGCUAGACAUACCAUCAAGCAUCUUCGUGACAGAGGAUGCUGAUGAUGCAGGAGCUAUUAAAGAGAAAAACAAUCAAUAUGCUGAGCUUUGCAAGAACAGAAUAGGCAAUGAUAACUAUUUUGAAGAAUCAGCACAGACAUUCAGUGGAGCACCAAAAGACAAACACACCCAGAGUGACAAAAUCGCCAAGAAGGAUAAAGGCAUGAUUGCUACUAGCUGGGACAUCUAUGAUUCCUUCUGCGAUCAAAAUAAAAGCCCUGACACUGACAAGGAUGACUAUACAGAGAGCACUGUGGGCACCUGCAAGGGCCAAGAGAGUGGAGAGAAGAGCGGGAGCAGCAGCAGCAGCUACACAGACAGUACCAGAGGCUCACAAUAUGAACUGGAAAUGUGUGGGAGCAGUUUAAAUACUGAGCCUGACCCACAGCUCAUAUUAUCAGAGUCGUUCCAACACAGCUUAUUUGUAAUGGAGAGGAUCAUUGCGGGAAAGAUAUUUCAACCCAAGCUAGCUGCUUAUAGACAGCUGCCCAUGCUAGAAGACCCUGACAACAUAGUGAAGCCUGGGACUGAGGAGCAGAGCGAGGAGGGUGAGAAGAGCUCAUCUCCAACUCUGGAAUAUCUCUGGGCUUUCAGUUGCGAGCUCACCAAAGGACGCAAAAUUACCAGCAUGGCAUGGAACAAGAUUAAUUCGGAUAUCCUGGCAGUAGCCUAUAGUGACUGUGAUCCAAGCAACUACAAACCAAGUCUGAUCUGCUGCUGGUCCCUCAAAAACCCUAUGUGGCCAGAGCGUGUCUUCCAUUGUGAUAGUUGGGUCACAUCGCUGGACUUCUCGGCCAUCAACCCUAGCCAGCUGGCUGUGGGGAUGUACAACGGCACUAUAGCCAUCUACAAUGUCCAGAGACCAAACAACAACGCAUGUAUCACCGACAGCAGUAAGUGCUCUGAAAGGCACCUGCAUCCAGUGUGGCACGUCAACUGGAUCAAAGAAGAUACGUUAUUUCUGAGAGAGGGCGGUGCAGAGGCUCUCAUCUCUGUGUCAGCAGAUGGCAGGAUUACCAGGUGGUCCCUCCAUAACAAUGAUCUUGACUGCAGAGACCUGAUGGAACUAAAAUCCAAUCAGCACACUAAGAAGAAGAAGAAGAAGGCUGCCGGAGCCAAGACAAAGACAGAGUGUUUUUUGUUAGUAUUGACCCGAGGUCUUUGUCUGGACAUACAUCCAACAGAUUCCUGUAUCUAUCUGGUAGGCACAUCUGAGGGCCUCAUCCACAAGUGCUCCCUCUCCAAUAGUCAGAAUGUCCUGGACACUUACCAGAAAGACCUUUGUCCUGUGAACCACAUCAAAUGGUCUCCAUUUAGUUCUGAUGUGUUCCUGAGCUGCUCCUCAGAUCAGAUCCACUUGUGGAAGCAGAACCACUUCACCCCUGUGUUUAGCUUCACAUCCACCCAGGAGGUCGUGAAAACCGUCAGCUGGUCCCCAAAUUGGCCUGAAAUAUUUGCCGCCAUUAUUGGAGGACAAGUGGAGAUCUGGGACCUGGAUUCAAACAUUCUGGCGCCAACGAUUGUACACCGUGCUGCAUCUGGAGUGAAGCUCACAUCCCUGUUGUUUACCACAGGGACAGACUGUAUCUUGGUAGGGGACAGCGAUGGGCAAGUUACUGUCUACCAGCUAAAGAAUCUAAGUGUGGGCAAAUGCAAGAAGGUCAACACUUUGGACUACAUCAUUCAGCACAUUUAAAGAGUAAAGAGAAGCAUCAGCAUAACUCAGUUGUAUUACCACAAAUCAUAACAAAAAGAAAAGAAGAAGGUUGAAUUUCUUUGAUAAUCUCUUCAAAGUUAGUCAAAAAUUAAUUCAUACUUCAUUUACAACAUGCCCAGAAGUGUUACCCAGACUGGAUAAAAUUAAUAAAAUGUUGUUAUGUAAUUUAAUGAA